AUGGAGGAACUCAGCAAAUCUCUAGACGUUUCCCUCACUGAGCAGUCUCCCGAUGAUUACAUUCGAAGAACGCUACGAGCCCACGGUUUCUUCAACCAUUUUGAGCCCGCGGGAACCGGCGGCACGACGAGAAAGAGACUAGCCGUGCGUCAUGGCAUCAGCGAGGAGGACAAGCAGAGAACCACGCAACUCAUAUCCCACUUCAAGGAGGGGAGGGAGUUCCACACUCUGAAGGAGCCUCGUCACCUCCAUGGCUACACUCACAGUGGGAACAGGUUCCCGUUCUGGCCAGCAGAGGUGGAGUGCAUCAUGGACAGACCCAGGCACCUCUUGACAUCGCCCAGGUUCAGAGAGCCGUACUACAACCCUGAACAGGAGGUCGUGUCCCCAAAGAUUCGCAGUGGGGAGGGGAGUGGCAGAACCGUCUACUUGAACCCACCUGGUCCACAAAAGUUCUACAUGAAAUCGCGAUGUGGUCCGAGUCUCAAUCUACGAUCAGCACAGAGUCCACUCUCUACUGCGGACACUACUCUCCAGUUUGAGUCUCGAUUCGAGAGUGGGAAUUUGGGCAAAGUCAUCCAGGUUGGCAGGUGGGACUAUGAACUCUACCUCCGACACGACCUCUACACCAAGAAGUACACCCAAUGGUUUUAUUUUAGGGUGAGGAACAUGCAGGCUGGGCAAACCUACCGCUUUACUAUUGUCAAUCUGUACAAGGCUGGCAGCCUGUACAAUGAGGGGAUGCAGCCUGUGUUCUACAGUGAAAGAGAGGCGAAAGAGAGGAAACUGGGCUGGCACAGAACUGGCCACAACAUAAAGUACUUCAAGACCUCGAUAAAGAGACGGGACACGAAACAAGAGUCGUUCUGCUAUGGAGUCACCUGGUCCCACAUCUUCAACCACAGUGGAGACACCUGCUACUUUGCCCACAGUUUCCCCUACACUUACUCAGACCUGCAGGACUACAUCAAGAAGCUGCUUGCCAACAGACAAAUGGCCACCUGCUGCAAGUAUAGGGUCCUGUGUCGCACCAUAGCCGGGAACCCAGUCCCACUACUGACCAUCACCUCUCCCUCUCUCACUCCCGACGACAGUCUAGCCAAGCGGGGCGUGGUGGUGACGGCUAGGAUCCACCCGGGGGAGACCAACGGAUCGUGGAUGAUGAAAGGGCUCCUCGAUUUCCUCACUAGCUCUGCAGACGACGCCAAAAUCCUCCGCGACCUCUUUGUCUUCAAGAUUAUCCCAAUGCUUAAUCCCGACGGAGUGAUUGUGGGCAACUACCGCUGCUCUCUCUCUGGACGAGACCUCAACAGAAACUACCGCUCCAAACUGAAGGACUCCUACCCCACGGUCUGGCACACCAGAAACAUGGUGAAGCAGUUCUGUACGGAGAGGGAGGUGGUCAUGUUCUGUGACCUUCACGGCCACAGCCGCAAGCACAACGUCUUUAUUUACGGCUGCGAUUCCCUGGAAGAUGCCUCGUCUCGCCUCAAAUCACGUGUGUUCCCUCGCAUGCUCAGCAAGAAUGCACCAGACAUGUUUUCCUACAGCACCUCUAGGUUUGUGGUGCAGAAGAGCAAGGAAGGUACUGGGCGGGUUGUGAUGUGGAGAGAGGCCGGCAUCCAGAAUAGCUAUACACUAGAGGCGACUUAUUCAGGGUCAACACAGGGGAAGUUGAAAUUCGUCCAAUUCUCAACCGCGCACUUGGAAGAGAUGGGCUACCACUUGUGUGACACUCUGUUGGAUUACUGCGACCCCGACCAGACUAAGACAGAGAGCAUCAUGCAGGAACUCGAGGAAGAUUACAGAAAGUCGGUCCUAUCUGCAUUGGCAGUUGAUCCCCUCGAGGUUCAGAUUGAUCCAGCCCUCGUUGCUGAAGCGGACAGUAGUGAUGCUGGUAGUGAUAGCUCCGACAGUGAUGGACCACCGGUCCACCUCCAGUGGAAGAAACAUCAUCACAAGACCAAGAAAAAGAAGAAACUCAAGUCACGAAAGGAGAGAAACAAGCGAAAAGCCUUGCUGAAGAUGAACCACCACCGCAUGCUCUCAAUUCCAACACCACCUCAGUCAACAGUUCACACUAAGACACGGGCCCAAAAAAGAUCCCUCCCCGAAACAAGGGAGGAGAGAGAAACAAGAAUUGAACCGACAACCACUCAGCAGUCAUGUGGCACGUCUCACCCCUCAUCUCACCACGGAGGAAUUCCCCUGUUUGUCCAGGAGCGUCUAGAGGAGAGAGAGAGAAAAAAGGGAGAGGACAGCAGUGACGCUGUAAUUGAAAUCCCAACUGAUGAACUGAGACAGGCUCUCCUUCGCAUUCAGGCCACCCACACCCAGCAGGCGCUCAGCUCCACUCUGUUUAUUCCCCACCCCGGCUGCCCCAUGAACAUAUCCCAGGUCAACAUGCACGAGGUCUCACGUAGACAGAGCAGGCGGAACAGCAAGGCUUCCCUGCCACAGCUCGACGGCGGGAGUUUCGUUCCACCAGAACUUCCACCACUCUUCUCCAUCACCGUCUGGCAACCGGAAACCCAAGGCUGGGUUCACAUCUCAGUACAUGGCUCACCACCUCCAGCACAUUGGGUCAACUAG